AGCAGAAGUUGGAGAGCAUCCUUUCAGCGCGCAUCUGCCUCCGCCGGGGAGGGAGGUGACGGCCGACGGAGGAACAAUUAGUUUUACAACCUUAAUUUGCGACCUCCUUUUAACAUUAACAACACAAUGUGGGCGUGUUCUCGCCCCCCACCCCCCUUUAUUAUUAUUUUUUUCUACUUUUGCACCGCCUGUCCGCCGGAUUUGUGCGCACUUUCGCGGAGUAGCCACUUGCUGCGGACUGGAUGCAGAGUUCAGCUCCGGCUCGGCCCGCGGUCCCCUCCACCUCUCCCCGGCCACAGCUCUGACUCGGGACGAGACCGGAGGAUGGAUCUCUAUCACGUCGCUUCCCUCUGCGGGGCUCUGCUGUUUGUUUGGGGGAUCCCCGGCUCUUACACUCUCGCCAUUUCCCCUCGAGCGGCCCCAAAGAGCAGCAAGGUGUCGCGGAUCGUUGAUGGACAAGAAGCCUCUAAAUACUUCAAGGAGUUUUACGCGAGGCCGUCACUCGACAGACACAAUAAAGCGACUUCUAAAGACUCCAUUGAGCCGCACGACUACAUGAUGUCUAUUUAUAAGACCUUCUCCACGGCGGAGAGACUGGGACUGAACGCCAGCUUCUUCCGCUCCUCCAAAGCGGCGAACACCAUUGCGAGUUUUGUGGACAGUGGACAAGAUGACCUCCCACUCCUCCCUCUGAGGAGACAGCAGUAUCUGUUCGACGUCUCCACGCUGUCCAAGAAGGCGGAGGUGCUGGGAGCGGAGCUCAGGAUAUACACCAAAGUGUCUGGGAAUUUCAGGAUAUCGGAAACAGAGCCCGUCGACGUCCAGCUCCUCUCCUGCCACGACCGUCAACUGCUCGAAUCCAAAACGCUGGACUUGCAGGACUCCCAGAGGCCGAAGUGGGAAGUGUUGGACGUGUGGGAAAUAUUCAAAGAGCAGCAGCACAUGAGCCAGGGGAAGCACUUCUGCCUGGAGCUCAGGGCCAUGCUGGACAACCCGGAGAGGGAGCUGGACCUGCAGCAUCUGGGCUUGCACAGGCUCGGCAGGCCACAGCAGAAGAAGGCCAUCUUGGUGGUGUUCACCAGGUCCAAGAAGAGGCAGACCCUCUUCAGCGAGAGGAGGGAGGGGAGAGCAUUGCUGGGUCCAGCGAGGAAGGCCAAAGAGAGGGGCCCUGGUGCCAAGGCCAGCAGGAGGAGGAGGACACCGGCGUCCAAGACCCGCCACGGGAAGAGACACGGCAAGAAGUCCAAGACCCGGUGCAGCAAGAAGCCGCUGCACGUUAACUUCAGAGACCUGGGCUGGGACGACUGGAUCAUCGCCCCGCUCGAUUAUGAAGCUUACCACUGCGAGGGGGUGUGCGACUUCCCCCUGCGCUCCCACUUGGAGCCCACCAACCACGCCAUUAUCCAGACUCUGAUGAAUUCAAUGAACCCCAGCAACAUGCCGCCCAGCUGCUGCGCCCCGUCCAAGCUCAGCCCCAUCAGCAUCCUUUACAUCGACUCAGGAAACAACGUGGUCUACAAACAGUACGAGGACAUGGUGGUAGAGUCCUGCGGCUGCAGGUAGUGGUGCAGUAGUGCUUCGCCCUGAGCACUUACCUGUUUGUCAGGGUCUCUGGUUAGUGGGAACCGAGCAGCGUUUCAGUGCGUGUGGUGAUGCCGCUGCGCCCCAAAUAAGGAGAACUUGCUUAACUUUUUUUAACAAGAAAAACGUAGCAAAGUUUUUCCAAACCAAGUACCCAAUGAGGUUUAAUACCUCAGAUGUUGUUUUUCUUAUGCCUUGUGUGUGUUGUUGCUACAUAAACACUACAGUGGCCGCAUAUUCAGGAAUAUUCAAUAAGAAAAUCAUGUUGGGAACUCUAUCUUUUCUGUCAACAAAUCACAAAUAAUUGUUCAAUAUUUUGGCGAGUUCACUUUUUCCCUUUCUGGAGGGGAGUUAGAGGAAAAGAUGGAUACCACUCACCUAUCUGUAUGCUAACCAUGAAGUACAGUCAACCCAGUGGGCGUCGCCUCAUUUUUAAAUGAUUUAUUUUACAGAUAAAACAAAGAAGACACAAGAUGUUUAUUAAUAGGAUUUAGAGGUGCUGAUAGAUGGAUUGAGUUUCCAUUGGAUAGACCCAGACCACUGGUUCCCAAUGUUUAUGCUAAGCUAAGCUAAUCAGGACUGUAGGAAAACUCUGAAAUGAAGAAAUUUGUGUAAUUAAAAAAAUAAAUUUACUCUGCAAUAUUACUACGUUAACCAUGUAUGUAACAACUAGCACUAUGUCAAGUUAGAGAAAUAGGAAUAUGCAAUAUUUGUAGAUUAGAUUCAGAAUGUAGUUCUUUUUUAAAGGAAUGCUCUGUGGUAAAAAAUAAUCCAGGUAAAACGAGUACAGAACUGAAACAUUCAAAAUAUAAAGCCCCUCUACCAUCAAAGCAGCCCAACAAUGUAAUCGUCCUUAAUAACUUUGUGCCAAAAUUCCUUAUUCUUAUAACCAAAAACAGUAAAUGUAUUCUAAUUUAAGACUAAAAUUAAAAUUAAACUUCUAUUAUAAACUGAAAGACAAAGUCCCGUUAUGUAUUUUUUUCAUGAUGGUCAUAUCAUCUUUCCCAGGAUUAGAAAGCAGAUUUUCAGCACCUGACAUACGACUCAGGGAACGUCCCCGAGUGCUGGAGAGAAAGUCCCUUUUUCUUUUUAUUAAAUCCAAUUCAACCACCAGCACAUUGCCACCGAAGAACCAGCGCAGGGUUUCUCAUCAGUUUGCUUUUUCCGUUGAGGAGAUACGUAUUUUGUCUGCGAUGCACUGAUAUUCAGACGUACCAUGUGUAAAUAUUUGGAAAUAAUAAUUUAUGUUCUAUGAAUAAGUUAUUUCUUUUUUUUUUUUUUGAUUGUUCACUUUGUUCCGAUGCGACUUCCAGACGGCAUGAGUCACACAUCUGGAUGUUCCUGUUCAAAUAAACACAUUUGGGUAAUUUGGGACAGCUAUGUCCUGGUCACAGACUGUGAAAUACUGUGGAAUUAUCUGUAUUUUUGUUGUACAUAUACAUAAGCAAUCAUUAUUUACCAAACAAAAUAACCUUGUAUUUUUUGUUGAACUCUCUAUUUUAGGCAAUACUGUUGUUUAAAACAUUAGUAGCACAUUUUAGCCUCUUGUAUUUUGUUUUUCAUUAUUUACUGCAACCUGAAAAUAAUAUAUUAUACUGAUUGAUACCGACUGUCAGUAAGAUGAAUAGAUUCAGUGUCCUCUCUUUGCUCUUCUGCAUCCAACGCUAUUAAAGCGGGAAAUUAAUUUGAAACGUAUUUUUACACAGUAAAAUUGUCAAUAAAAUUGUUUAACCAAAUUAAUCUAUUCUUAUAAACUAUGUGAACUGUUAGACGUGUAACGAGUAACAAAAUUAAAAUGUCUUGAACUUCAAA